CCACACUUUCAUCCGCAUGCAGCGAGCGAUCCGCAACAGAGAUAUUUACGUACCCCCGCGCCUCGCGCCAUGAAUCCUACCCAAUCCUCAGAGAGUAACACCUCUUCAAGAAAAUUCUCGAUUGAGCCACAUCCGAACAAGACCAGCAUGAUUUUCAACGUCCUCCCCGCGACUGUCCAAAGCCGCAUCCCUGCCAUUCCAUCCAUACGAAAAAUCGUCAAUGGCGCACGAUCAUCCAAAAGCGCUUCCGGCCCUGUCGAGAUACUCGUCCCCGAAACCCCUCCACCAGGUUACACGUCACGACCGGGGAGCGCUCGAACAAGAUCUUCACGAGAUUCAAUCGAUUCGUUCGAUGCAGAACUUGUAGUCCAAGAAUGCAGUUAUAGUCGUCCACAAUCGACCAUGAGCACACCUCCAAGCUUUUUCCAUGUGGCAGAAAGCAGUACGGGAAUCAACUGGAAAUAUGCGAACCAGGGUCUAAAUUUGGUCUCUCAGUCCUAUACCGAAUCACAUGCGAUCACGCAGGUCGAAGAGACUUCUGCGUCUCUUACACGCCAGCUGUAUCUGCAUGGUAUGACCUAUCUGCUCCGCGGUCUCCCAUCUGAUCUGACUCCAGAGGAGACAGUCUGUCUGCAAGCUGCGAUACCACCGAAUUUGACUGUGAUACAUACUGAAGCAUGCUCACACGCCAUGAUCGCAUUCGGACAAGAAUCGGCGACUUUGCGCGAACCUCCUGAAAAUCCGUCGACGCUGCAUCGUGUCGUCGCCAUACUUGUGUUUCAAACGUUCGCCAUGAUCCAGUUCCUCCUACCGUACAUGAAGAUGUUCGCGGGGCACGCAUAUCGUCUUGAAAGGGAGCACAAAUUGACGCAGAAGAUGGUCAACAAUGGCUUGAUGACAGCAGACAGGCUUCGGCAACGGAGUCUAGAACUGUCGCACACCGUUUGCCAGAUGAACGACGGAAAAGUUGGUCAAGCGCUGAACGAUCUGGUAAUAUGGUUGGUGCGCGGUUUGACCGGAGGCUUUCAGCAAGGUGUUACAGAAGGAAUCGAGAUGAUGAGCAGCGAGAGGUUGGCAAAGCAGCAGCGUUUGGAACAGGCCGACUGA